AUGCAUCUUGUUGAUCUGCCAACAGAGUUAGUCCUCUGCAUAGCAGAAAAUCUUGACCGGGCUAGGGAUAUUCUCGCGCUGGCAAGGACCAACCAACGGACACUCCAAAUCGCUCUUCAAGUUCUCUACAGAUUCAAUGUCCGGUACCAAAAUAGUUCUGCGUUGCAUUGGGCGGCUGAGAGAGGAGUAGCCAAGUUGGUCCAUACUUUUCUCUGCCUGUGCCCAGAAGCCGUCAACGCAGUCCAUGAGAAUAUUACACCGCUUAUAUCUGCAGCCAUCCAUGGAUCGGAAUCUGUCAUUGAGAUCCUUAUUAGGGCCGGGGCUUCCCUUAACUUCCCUGACGGCACAGGACGGACCGCACUGUGGUAUGCAGCCUUCAAGGGACACGCGCGUAUUGUCAAUCGGCUUCUCGCCAGAGAACACAUUGAGGUUGACUGUCGAGGUACACUGUGUGGACUCACACCCCUGGCUGCAGCUGCGUGGAAUGGAUAUGAACAGAUCACCGAGAGUCUGAUAGCCACAGGUCAAGUUAACAUCAAUUCAAGAGAGAUGCAAGGCUUGACACCGUUAUUCCUGGCUAUAGUCUUCCAGCAUGAGGAGAUCGUGAAGAUUUUGCUGUCUAAGGAGACUAUCAAGAUCGAAUGUCGAGACCGCAAAGGACGAACUCCACUCCAUUAUGCUGCAAGUCGAGGUCAACUUUCGAUGGCGAGAAUGUUGCUGCAGAAGGGAGCUGAUGCGAACGCGAAAGACAAUACCGAAGAGACACCUCUAGACAAGGCAAUAGUUUGGAGACACGAAAUUAUGGUCAAGGCCAUCUUGGAACAAUCAAACAGAGUCAGUUCGUCAGUUGACUCCGAACAAAAUCAGGGUCGGGCCAAGUCGCUUUUUCUUGCCACUGUGAGAGGAUUUACUGGAAUAGUUCAGCUAUUGCUCGACCAUGGAUUUAAUGCGAAUGUCAGGAAUCACUAUGGCCGAACUCCAUUGCAUUUAGCGGCUGCGAAUGGAGACUUAGGGGCGGUGAAGGUGCUGCUUGGCCAUCAGGAUAUCGAUGUCAAUGCACAAGAUCAUUAUGAGGAGACCGCGCUGCACCUCGCGGCGAAGGAAGGCCACACAGCCAUACUUAAAGAGCUGGUUGCCAUGCCACAGGCAGAUAUCAACCGACGUAACAGAAGCGGGGCGACAGCUCUAUGGUUAGCAACUCGACGUGGGCAUGAAGAAGUAGCCAUCCAGCUGCUUUCCCAGCCUGACGUGGAUGUUAAUGCUAUUGUCGACACUCAUGUGGUCGGCCGAGACCGGUCAACAUCCCUUCACCAUGCUGUCCAGAGGCCAAGCAUGUCUGUUCUAAGGUCGCUCAUUCGGACGAGACAGCUUGAUCCGAACAUCACCGAUCACCAGAAUCGGACAGCACUCAGCUGGGCAGUUGAGAGCGGAGACUUGGGCAUUAUUGAUCUGCUUCUCACAAGACCAGAUAUCCGAGUUGAUCCCACGGGUAUUCAUGAGGACCCUAUACUGUGGCUUGCUAUAAAAAAUGGUCGAGUUGAGGUGGUUCGCAGGUUGCUCCAGUGCCCAAAUGUUGAUCUUAACCAUGGAUGGGGUAGGUACGAGCCGCCGCUGCUAUUCUCCAUCUGGAAGGGCCAUGCGGAAAUCACAAUCUUGCUUCUUGCCCAGGGUGAGAGACUAGACGUCAAUAGAAGAAAUACGCGGGGAGAAGCAGCUUUGACAUUGGCUGUACGCAGAGGUUUUCUUAGAGUGGUCGACAGAAUCCUCCAGCACUCUCAGGUUGAGGUCAACAGCAUUGAUAAUCAAGGUCGGACUGCACUUUGGUGGGCGGCAUCAGAGGGGAAUUUCGAAAUGGUGUUGCGGUUGCUCGCAGACUGCCGCAUCCAAGUUGACAUUGAGGAUAAUGCAAAGGAAAGUCCUCUCAUGGUCGCUAGACGUUGGGGUCAUACCAAAGUUGCGCUUCAGCUUCAGCUUCACAUGGGCUUGUGA